AUGACGACAAGGAUUGCCAGACAUGUGAAUGUGUACCAGGAAAGAAACAUGUUUACGCCGUGCCGAUAUGGAUUUAAGUUUAACAACAAGAAUGGUCAGACAUGUAAAUGUUUACAAGCAUGUCCAAAAGCAAUAUGUCACAGACCAUGUGAAUAUGGCUUUAUAUAUGAUUCAACAGGCUGUCAGACCUGCGAUUGUAGAAAAAGAUCAUGUCCUCAAAGGCUUUGCCCAUGGGGUUGCCCGAAAGAAUAUAAACUUGGCAAAGAUAGCUGCCAGACCUGUGAUUGUAGACGCGGCAUACCGUGUCCUCAAGAACCUAUAUGUCCUCUGCCAAAUUCACCGCAUCCGUCCUGUCCUGGACCGUGUAUAUACCAAAAUAGAAUUCUAGAUGGCAUAACAUGUAGAGUCAACUGUUUUCGUGGACUUCCACCACUCCCUGGUAGACCAGGCGAUCCGUGUCCACCAACGGGGUGUCCAGGGAAACCAACUGGAGCAGCAGUUCAACACGAUUUUCCUUUAAAUCCUCCAGGAACACCACCGGGAAAUUGUCCAGUUGGACUUCCAUUACCAGGAUUUAACUGUGGACUUAUACCAAACCCUGACAAAUGUCCAGCAGGAUCUUUCUGUAACGUCGACCCAAUGGAUAGAUUCGGUGUAUGCUGUCUGGAUCGCCGUUGUCCAGUUGAUCAAGGUUCUUAUUUCCACUGUUACGGACAUUACCACAGAUACUGUAAAGAUGAUUCAUCGUGCCCUAAAGGGAAAAAGUGCUGUAAGCAGGGUUGCUCCUACAAAUGUGUCGAUGCUGUUUAACUUUCAUUGAUUAUAUUUUUUGAAAUUGAACAAUACACUUUGAAAUUGUU